AUGGCCGAAGUGGCAUUUCCGUCUCCCGGGCUCUUUCAGUCAGAGCACGGGGGCACAGGACUGGAGUCGCCUACGUCGAAAGGCUAUUGGGAUGCCCCUAGCGACAGGUCUGAUGCCGAAUCUGUUGUAGAUGAACACUUCGACUCAGUGGCAUCCGCUCCCGGUCUCGACGAUCACCAGAGUCAAGGAACUCAGGAUAAGACCAUAUCCGAGAAUCCUUUUGACAGCAAGGACAGCAAAAUUCUGACGGCUCCCGGUACUGUCAGCACGGUCAGGAUUACCAUUGCAGAGCCCGAGGUUCCUGAUCGGUUCGGAUAUCCCGAAGACCACUCUUACAGGGACUAUGUCUACAUGACCGACCGCCUUGGAAUCGAUGAUUUCCAAAAGGUCAUGGACGAGAUCUCAACCCAGUACAUGGGCAUUCGUCGGGGGAAAGGCAAAGGGAUGAAGAACUUUGCCACUCAGGUUCUUCGCAUCGAGCUUUCGGGGCCUUCCCGGUCCCAUUUCAGUAUUCUCGAUGUACCCGGGCUCAUAUCAAAUGCCCAUGCUGUAAACAAGUACGAGAUGGAAGCAGUCAACAAGAUGAUUGACGAUUACAUGAGACAGCCUGCCAACAUUGUUAUCUGUGUUGCCGACGCAGUAACCGAUCUAGCUCGCCAAGAGAUCUUCAUGAAGACUGCCGUGGUAGAGAAGAAAAGACUCGUCGGAGUUUUCACAAAGUGCGAUAUGCUGCACGACGCAAGUGAGAUUGUCGAUAUCGCCAAUGGUACUGGCGAAUACGCCGACAAGUCUAUGCAGGACGGCUGGUUUGUAGUAAGAAAUCGAUCGGCCAAGGAUGGUGAUGACUUCAAUCUCCAAGAAGCAGAGAGUCAGCUAUUUGACCAGCCUCCUUGGAACAAUAUCGACCCAAGUCGUCGCGGGUCUCAGAUGCUUAAGAAACACCUGGGGAAUCUUCUUUGCGCCCGAAUUCGCGACAACUUUCCCACCAUCCGAGACACGAUUUCGAGGCUUCUUUCGGAAGCCGAGGGCUCAAGGCAGAGCCUCGGAGACCCCAGACCAACCCACAAUCUCCGCCAACAAUACCUUAGAGACGUUCUUCAAAGGUAUGGAGAGAUAGCUGACAAGGCGCUGUACUACCCUGGCUUCCUCGACGAUGAAAUGAUGAGAGUGAGAGCUAUGACGCGCAGUGCCAACGAGGAGUUUACCCAGGCGAUGAAAGAUCGCGGCCAUGCGUACAACUUUCAAGAUGCAGAUGUUGACCCGGUCAAGCAACUUACGGACAUCAUGUCGCAUCACUACUCUUCUCAAAGUCAGGCAUCCCCACCUACUGAGCAGCCGGUCACCCCUCCUUCGACACCUCCGAAGAAGGGACGGGAGCGACAGAGUCACAAUAUUCAGGAACAAUCUGCAACAUCUUUCACUCAGGAGGUUCGAUCUCAGCUCAAAAUUUGGCAAACGACUGAACUCCCUGGCCUCGUCAACACAGAAGUCAUCAAAGUUUUGUUCAUGAAACAAUCGGAGAAGUGGGAGCACAUCGCCGAGGAACACAUUGAUCGGGUAGGAAGACAUGUUGAGUAUGCAGCUGAUAAGAUCUUAAGGGCUGUGUGUUCUCCCAGUGACGGCUGUGAGAUCAUCCAGAAAGAGCUGUCGGCAGUGAUCGGCCAGUUCCAGCGACAAGCGAAAGAAAAGGCUCUGUCGGAGUUGAAGGAGCAUUGUCGUCGCGAAAGGCAGUCUCAUCUCCAAACAACAGACAUCAGAUUCCAGCAAAAUCUCCAGGCUCUGCGCAGCUCGCGGUUGUUGAACACCCUUGGCUCUAUGCCCAUACGAGAGGGAACUCUUGUGGAACCUGCGGCCCAUCUUCACGCACUCUUCCGCCAUAUCCACCACUCAGCAGAAGAUAACAUGAUUAAUGACGUCCAUGAUGUCGUCAAGGUAUACUACCAAAUCUCCUUGUGCAACUUCAUAGAGCAUGUUACCAGUAACAUUACCGAGAAUUUCAUCUCACAUGAGACAGGACCUCUCAGAGGUCUGUCGACUAAAUGGAUGUUCACAUUAACGGAAGAAGAGGUUCAGAAGCUGGCACGGGAAGACGAGCAUAUUGUUCAACAGCGCACUGAGCUCGAAGGAAUCAUUGAGAAGCUGAGGAAUGCUGACGAUAUUGUGGAAACUGCUCGUAAUCAGACGAGUGGUUUGGGCGAUAUCUAA